CGACAGCCUCUCCUGCCAGCUAGGCAUACUCGAUAGUUUCAUAUCAAAGGGUUUUGUGCAAAUAACCAUAGUGCCGGAGUUGGUGUCAACAGUCCACGGCGGAGGCACAAGUCUUCGGACUGGCAACAGGAACCCAUAGGAACCUCCGAAGGAAAGGUGUCGCUGGUUUGUUGGAAAGUGCACACAAAGUGGGGCGGAGGACUACAUAUACACUGACAUGGGAAUCACACGACUCUACGACAGUUAAGUCGUCCUCUAUUUUUAAAGUUGCCUUCGUUGCUCCGUUUGCCCCCAUGUCAGGAUGCUCCUGCAGAAUUUGAGAUACAGUUAAGUUUUGCGACCCGAAAUUUUUUUUCAUCUGGAGCGAAUAACGGACAGUGUGUGUGUGUGUGUUGGAAAGCAUUGACUGAACUAGGGGAAGAUGUCAGUUCGUUGUUGUAUUUAUGUACUGGUGGUGCUGGUGUCCUUGCUCUGUGGCCAGGUUUCUGCCAACAACAGCACGAGGGGUGGAGAUGGAUCGUGUCCGUACAGGUUAAGAGACGCUCAGGGUGGAUCUCCCGGGGUCAGCACUGUACUGAAGAAGCACGAGUCGGGCCUUCUCCUGGUGCUGGGCUUUGGCGGAUUCUCCUUGUUAUUGGCAUUUCUCUACAACGCUAUGCGCAAGUACAUUUUCCACGAUGAGCACAACUUGGAUUCCACAUUUGACGCAGGUGGAAACGUGACGUUCAGCUUGACAGCUGUGACCGUAGCGUCACAGUUGUUCUGGCCGGGUGACAUCCUGCACAGCGCCACACUCACGGUGAAGAAUGGAAUCGCCGGUCCGUUCUGGUAUGCCACGGGUGUCAUGUUCAACAUCUUCAUCUUCCCCAUCCUGUCGGUUAACUUCAAAACCAGGGCACCCGGCGCCAAAACAUAUCUCCAGAUAAUGAAGGCUCGGUUCGGCAAACAAACCCACAUCGUUUUCUGUUUCUUCGCUCUACUAACCAAUCUCGUCAUUACCAUCGGUAUUAUCCUGGCUGGGCAGGCCACCAUCCAGUCUCUGACAGAGGAUGCCUCCGACGAAUUCGUCAUUUUUGUCAUGGCCAUGUUGUUUGGUUCUUACUCCUUUGUUGGCGGUCUGGGUACGACGUUUUACGUAUCCUACUUCAACGCCUGUCUGGUAUUCAUCCUAUUGAUUAUCUUCGUCGUCCGUAUUUUUUACGUCAGUGACAAUGACGACCAAGGGUUAGGCAGUGUACAGAAAGUCUACGAAGCUGUGUCCUGUGUGGAAGGUCCUGAAGGCAACGUGGACAACAGUUUCGUCACCUUCCGGUCUACUGGCGCUCUCUUGUACGGAGUCAUUGAAAUAUUCGUAUCCUCGGCCGUGACAUUUUGUGACCAGGCCUCGUGGCAAAGCAGAAUCGCCGCUAAACCUAAACAAGGUGUACUUGGUUUUAUUCUAGGCGGUUUCAUGUGGUUUACUAUCCCAACCACUAUGGCAACAACGACGGGCAUCGGAUAUCUGACACUGUGCUACCACAACGGCUCGCACUUGUUACAAGAUGGCGAGAUCACAGAAGGUUUAGUGACCCCACUAAUUGCCGAACGGGUUCUUGGUUCCACCGGCGGGAUCAUGAUCCUGACCAUGGGAGCCAUGGCCCUCAUGUCUACCGGAAGUGGAGAGGUCAUGGCCGUGUCAUCCAUCAUCGUGUACGACAUCUACCAAACAUACUUCAAACCCUACAGGGAGGGCGUUAAGCACAAUCAGUGUGUUCUUUGUGGUCGAAACAAAAAACCAAGCUUUGAAACGAAAAACUCCUCCAACGACCAAAACGCCGAUAAAGUAUACUGUGAAUGUCAUUACAUCGCUGACUGUGAAACGUGCACCGCGGACGUUCAGGCGCGUUCACUGGCGAAGGACAACCGGAAACUCAAGCCUAACUAUACUUGUGAACAUCAUGGUCGCUACCGAGAAUACUUGGACAGUUUAAUUCGCUUUAAGAACUGGUGCAUUAUCUGGGUGACGAUCUGCAUCAUCCCUCUGGGGCUUGUCGUGUUUGAAUCUGGUAUUGAUCUCAACUGGAUCUUUUAUGAGGGUGCCGUUGUCACCGUUCCGUGUUUCCCUCCUGUCUUCUUAAGCAUUAUGUGGGCCAAAGCCACGGGACCGGGUCUUAUCGCAGGUGGUAUAAGUGGGUUAAUAGCCGGGAUUGUCGUCACCCUCGGGAUGGCCAGCACAUUUCCAGGUGGGCUGGGAAAUUUCCUUAUAAACACUGCCCAAGAUCACACAAUUCUGGCGGGCAUCGCCGCGGCGUUUGGCUUCAGUCUCGGAGUAUCCGUUAUCGUGUCCUACCUAACCAGCAAUGUGAAGACACGGGAGGACGAGGAAGAGGAGUGGCAGAAAACACAAGACAUUGACAAUCCACUGAACCCUUGGGAGCAGAACUACCAAGAGGAGUUGAAAGGUAUUCAGUACGAAGGAAAACCUUCCUAUCACCAGAUGGAGAUUUGUUUUCGGUCAGCCAAAAUCCUGGCUUACGCCACAGGCUUGAUCAGCAUUGGGGUAUUCGCCGUUGUCAUCCCAUGCAUCAUGGUCAUUUUCCCAGUGAUGGACGACGGGGUCUUCAAGGGCUGGGUCACAUUCUGUCAUAUUUGGGCAGUCAUCAUGGCAAUCAUAGUAAUAUUCUUUCCGCCCGUCGAAGAAGUGAAAAAGAUGCUGAAGCAAUACAGGCUGAACAAAACGAAAGAAGCGAGCAAACGAUCGCCGAUGAAAAACGACAACACCGCCAAUAACUCAAAGAACAUGGAGUUGCAAGUGAUGUUGUCUGAUGGUGGUCACCAAGACGGCGCCAAAGUCUAAGUACAAUCAUUUAGGCAGCUUUCUCCUGGCAACUGUUUAUUGCCUACAUCAGUGGUCCUUGCGAAGAAAUUCUUAUGUUAACAAACAAUGACAGAGUGUGACAGCACAUAUCAAAAAAAAUUGGACAGAAAUCAAGGCUAACUUGAAACAGCAGGAAAGCAUCAAGAAGAACGACAUCUUCAACUAGAAGUACCACAAGUGUAUUCACGAACUUGUGAUGUCAGAAAGUUUGGACAAUAGAUACUACAAAGGUGGAGUCAAGGCUUGUUGGAGACUAUACUACCUCUGUGCUUGUGUUGUUGUUGUCAUCUACCUGUACGUGGGACAGGCCAUCGAUGAUUCCACGUUCUGGCAGUUUCUGAGAUACGUUUUUCAUGGACUAGUCGGAUGCUGUCGAAUAAAGUCAACCACUGUUCAGCAGAACAUCGACGAAGAGCUUCGAACAGAAGAUACUGGUGAAGUGGGGCUAUAAACUUUAUCAAAACAAUAGAUAGGGAGCAGCAAAAUAAUAGUAAACUGCCGUACCAUUCUCUCAGCAUGUAGCAGAGAUGAAUCCAUUUGCAUUUAUCUUUUACCGUUUGUAAAUGUUUGAGGUGAAUACAGUGCAUGACUAUUUGAAUAUUCCCCCCAAAGGCAAAUAGAGGCUUUAUUCGAUAUGAAAGUGAUCAGAAAAGGAAAAGAAUUCUUUACAAAUGAUUGUAUUGAAAAUAUAUGUAACUUCGUCAGCAUCGAAACAGCCUGAGUUUAUGCAGACUUCAUUGUUCGAGUGAGUUACGAUCAAAAGCGUUCGUUCCAGUACGCUUAUAUCGAUCUCUAUGACUAUCGCCGGUCACAAAUAGAAAUGCAGUUUUAUAAUGUUGUCGUCGGUACCCUCAGGCAUAGGCUCAUACAAAAAAAUACAAAAAAUAAAAACGAAUUGCCUACUUUUGAAAGGAUACAAGUCCAAUCCCACUGAAACGAAUCAGAAGUUGUUUGGUAUGUCGAUAGUCCCCGAACUCUUACACGACUGUUUUUCAGACCAAUGGCAUGUCACUGGUUACCCACAGAAAGACGUCUUUGGCGUACAUUCUACGCCGCCAUGGUCCGUGUAACACGACCGAGAUAAAGUUUGUCAUUGCAAUGAUUUUAUAAGACAGAAAUAAUGCACUGUUUAUAGCGAGUAACUAGUCGGAACAGUAUCAGUUAUGGCAACAGGAUGGCAAGCGUACUUGACCACGUACUUGAAUGCUUGACCACGCCCAUAUGUCCUGACUGACAAGCAAACUGUUAAACACAUGCAUUUGUAGUUGAAAUUGUGUGUCAAUUUAAUGGAAUGAUAUUGUUGUUCAUAAUGUCAAAUUGUAAACAGUGUCAGGUAAGUUUUGAUAAUUUUGUACUUUGAUAUGAUAGAAACUGUGUUAAUUGUUAAGUUGUAUGUGUAUAAACAUAAUUGUUGUUUGUAGACUUAGGAAGAGAUGGUUUCUUGCAGAGAGAUUAAAACAGAGGCGAGCGAAAUUUAACAGCGGACCAUAAUAAGGUCAAAGAAUCAUAUUUAACUAACUAGGCCUAGAUAAGUUCCUUUCCCACAUCACAGGUCAUAACUACGUCUGUCAAUUCUGAAUCUUCUACGAACAUAUCUCAUGAAACAAAUGUAGGGUAAAAUACAUGCGCCUGGAGGUCAUUCUAUAUAAGAGCUGAACUCGGAAUACCACUAAUACUAGCCGAAUGAGGUGGCAAGUUCAAAUCCGGCUUCCGCUGGAUCAGCUGCGACAAGAGGUUUGUUACCCGGCAAAGUGCAGUUGUUUCUCCAGAGCUGUGCCUAGUUUCUUCCAACCAUAAAUCUGACAGCCGUCAGUCUUGAGAAUGGCUUAAAAAACAAUUAAAUAAAUGACACAAAUUACGCAGUACUAACAUAUGUGCUAAGAAAGUUGUAUUAUGUUUUGCAGAGCUCAAUGGGAGAUAAAGGGAAUCCUUGACUUUCGAUUUUGUUAACAAUUUAUUUGGCAAAUCUAAACAUGUCAAAAAUGGAACCGUUAGUCAUCCUGGCUUUCGUGUCCAAGUGGUUAAAGCGCUAGCGCAAUCACAAUGAAUCAGGUACUUUUCAUCAAUGCAGCAGUUGUGAGUUCAAGUAAAACUCAGGCUGGCUUCCUCAUACAUCGUUCAAGGGAAGGUCUGGCAGAUAGUCAUACGGUUCGAGUCCAAAACCGUUGUAUAGAGCUAAUAUUCGCGUAGAUGAUGUCGGUGCCCAUUUCUGGCAGUGCUCAGCGUUAGCUUGCUAAAUGCAUCAGACGAUGGUUUACAGAGAUAAAGUACUACAACAAACUAUAGUUUGCUGAAGUUUAGUGGUAAAAGUACUGCACGUAUCUACAGCUUGCUCAAGGGUAGCAGUGAAGUACUGCAUGAAAAUAUAGUUUACUAGAGAUACGUUAAAAUACUGAAUCAAACUAUGGUUUACGAAAUGGCCGUUGAUAAGUACUGUUUAAACUAGUCCAGUAACAGUGAUAGCUCGAUCAAGUGAUUCCCAUGAAAAGGUGGUAAACUGUACAGUGUUACA